CCCUUCGAUCGAUACUGUUGUGAGGUGUUGCACGUAAUGGGUAAUGUUACCUGGAAUGAUAUCCAACAUCCAACAUCCAGGGACAGAGGAACCGACAGAGUGAAGGUACAGAGACGGAGAGAGUUGUGGGAUGUUGGGGAGAGGAGAGAGUGAUAGCAGUUUAUGAAUAAACUACCCGCGCAUAUUUAGUUCAAAGCCAUGUCAGUAGAAUAAAUACACCGAGAAUAAGAAAGCUUCUUUCUUACAAUAUCGAAGCUACAGUAGGUAAAUACCAUGAACUUGAUAUUUCCAAAAAAAGAAAGAAAAAAUACCACACGUGACAAUCAAAGGCUCCUAAAAAACGCACCCCGAGUCGCGCGUAAAGUGGUUAAGUUAAAGCCAGCGCGACGCGCAUAACGCGUCGCCAAAAAGUGACGUCCAGUAAAGUAAAUUGACAGGCAUCACGAAAACCCUCAACCACCUCACCACCAAACAGGGGAAAACAUACCUCCAAACCUCCAAACCUCCAAAUCCAAACCACCCACAAAACGACAUUAACCCACGCUCCUUCCCAACUCACACACAUACACACACUACAACUCUCCAUGGCCUCCUAACCCUCCAUGAAUCACGGCAUCGGCACCCACUCAAAACGGCCCAGCAGCUAUCAGCCAUGGUUUUGCAAGCCGGCACCAAACGGAGUCUAAGUCUCGAGAACCUCCCUCCCCGCCCGCCGACAGCGCCGCGGGACUCCGAACCCGUCGCUGCUGCUGAGCCGCGGCCUCGACUGCUUCGACGGAUUUUGUCGAUGGGAUUAGGGACCAAGACGCCGCCUAACGCAUCGCCGAAGUCGUCUGCUGAGUCGACCAUCACCACGGUCGUGUCGACGCCGUCGGAUCGCUCGUUGAAGAAGGUUGGGUGGUCGAUUGUGGAUGAGCGCGAGGAGGAGGGGGUGUUGAAUUUGAGCAGUACGAGUCUUUCGAACCAGAUCUUACGUUCCUUACCGCCCUCGAGCGACCAGAAACCCCCAAAGUCGAUAUUGAAACCGUAUAAUGGCUCUAUCCCCCUAAACCGGACAUCGUUGAGCUUUGACAACAAAUCCACAGAGCCGAUCACAGACGCCGGGUUAGCGGUGAUGCUGGAGUCGGUGGCGAAGCAGUUGGCGGGCGGGGAUCGGAUGAGUAGGGUGGACGCUUAUAUGUCGCUUUCGGGGGUGUUGAAGGCGACGGGGAAUCUGCCGGAUCCGAGGGCGUUGAGGGAUAAGAUGGGGUUGUUGGCGCAGUUUGUGCAGAGGGAUAUGACUGCGCAACUUCCGUCUGGGGCGGCUGAUACGGUUUUGAUCAAUAAUGCGUUGAUAUUGCUUGCGAGUCUGUUUUGGAAGACGGAGCCGCUGCCGGCCGACUUUUCGGUUUUCGUCCUCGAGCACGCCAUUGCGACGUUUGAGGAUCCGCAGGUUUCGAAGGAUGUUGCGAAGCACCUCAUGUUUGUGGUUGGACAGCAGAAUUUCUCGCCGAAGAUCAUGACGCCCGAGCGAGCGGCGCGAGUGCUCAAGGCUACACACGAAAUCGCCGAACACGUUAGGGGGAAGAGCAUUGUCCUCGGACGGCUGGGGAUAUACAGGAAGCUUUUGAAGCAGGCGAAGCCAGCGCUGGUUGCGAAUAAUGAUUGGCUGAAGGAUAUGUUUGAGGAUAUGCUCGUUAGCAUUAAAGAAGUGCGCAGCCCAGUUAUAGCAUUCGGAUUCGAUGCUGCGCUACAGUUCGGAACGCAAUUAAAGGUAUCUCGGGCUGUGGUGGAGCUGUUCCAGGCACCUCACGAGAAAGGGGGGAAGUACGGAGACUAUUAUGCCGGCCGCCUCAAUGCUGCCAUCCAAACUAAGCAGGAUGUGCCAUCCGUGCCGCAGAUCUGGAGCGUGGUCACCCUGUUCCUCCGCUCACGCCCAUCCCAAUUGGAGCACUGGGAAUUCAUGACCCCGUGGUUCCAAACCCUCCAAAAGUGCUUCAACAGCGGCGACCCCGAAGUCAAGCGCGAAGCCAACUUCGCCUGGAACAGACUCGUCUUCGCCAUCCGGCCGGACGAGAAGACCAACCCCCGCUUCAUCAAGAUGCUCCACCAGCCGUUUAUCGGGCAGCUCAACCGCAAGAAUAGUAGUAAGCAGGGGAAGGAGAUGUUUCAGGUUACUAUUAGCAGUAUCUGCAACUUGCUGUAUUAUACUUUGAAUCCUGCCGCGUCACAUGCGCAGCUGAAUUUAUACUGGGACUCGUACGUUAUUCCGCUGAUUAGGAAGCUGGCAACUACCACCGCUGAGCAAGGCGCGGAUAAAGGUACACCGGGCUUGGAUGGCGUCAAGCAGGCAAUUGAGAUCCUACGCUCGCUACUGGAGCCUUCAACACAAUCAUCCGCCACACCAUGGAAACAAGACCGCGCCAUGGCCGCCGAACUAGUGAAGCCCAGCGAGCUCCCAUCCCUCGACUCAAAGUGGGUGCGCAAGAACUGCGUCCCCGUCCUAGACGUUAUGGAACAGCUUUUCGAGCAGCGCUUUGCCGAUCUCGGGAGGGCACAGAGCCCUGCUACGGAAUUGUGGAGGAGCUUCUUGAUGACUGUCGCUGCUGCGGGGGCGAAGGAGAUUAAGGUCUCCAAUGAGACGAUGGAAUGCGUAGCUCGGAUCUUUACUAUGCUACGCCGAUUCUGGCAGAAGGGUCCUCAGCCAGCUAAGCAACGCGAAGCUUUGGAUUCCGCGGCCUACCUCGAUGGAAUGGUGUACCUCAUCACAGAGAGCGUGAGUAUCCUCGGCAUGCUACCAUUCACCGAGAAAAAGCUCUCCAUAACCGAACAAAGCGCCUUCCUCGCCGUCGCCACGCCAUCCUCCCACCGCCUCCCCAAAACCAUCAAAUCACCACUCCAAUACCUCAUCCUCCUCCUCGUCGAAGCAGCAUCAGACCUCCAAUGCAGCACCACCUACAAAGCUGCUGUCCGCGCAACCCUAAACCCCUUCUACGAGGCCCGGACCUCGCGCACGUCACGUUUCGAGUUCUGCCAGGAUCUCGUGCAGUGUCUCCCCGAAGCAGUGCGCGGGUCAGAUAUCUCACCUGCUGAAACAGUAUGGUGCGUCCUUGCUGACAUUCUCGCCGGAGCUAUCAGUGAGACCGCCGAGGAUGGACACAGCCACACACCUAGCUCUAGCGCGAAUAAGCAGCAAGAAGGCGAUGUCUUGCGCAGCAUCGUCCGAGUCCUCGAGUACGGCCUCACUACUGUCGUGUUAGAGGGGAUUCCGCACCUGGAAACCCUAUUCCGCGCUGCGUCGAGCUAUAUCAGGGCAGAGGUCGGCGAUGGCGGUCAUGCGUUGUGCCUUGUUGAUCCGCUGGCGAGGUGCCUGGGCGAUCAGCUAGGCCGGACAGAUGUGCGCGCCCUUGCGGGGAUGUGUGCGGUGCUCGUGGGCGAUGCGUGUUACCCCUUUGACGCGCAGUCGCUUGAGGCGGCGCGACGGAGGUUAUGGGGCGCAUCGACGAACAGUCCUAAGCCUGCUAGUACGGAUCCUUAUAAAUACCUCUAUGGCACUGUGAAUAUGUAUUUGGAGAAGUGCUAUGAGGAGUGUAGCAAAGACGCGAUAGGUGCGGACGCCUUGCUGGCUGGGGUUACUGUUUUGAUUGAGAGGUGUCCUGGGGCAAAUUCACUGGAUUUGUUUGCUGCGAUUGGGAGUGGAUGUGCGUGUUGGAUACAAGAUGUGAAUGGGGCUGUGAAGUCGAGGAGUUCGACUGCAAAGGCUGUUACGUCUCUCUGGGAAGCGAUCCGCUCGCAGGCAUCAACUACGAUCUUGGGAGUAGACAGCACCAUUGCGCUCUCCAAGCUAGAAGCCCUACUAUCCGCAGGCCUGAACAGCAAACGCAAACCCAUCGCCAAUUCCGCUAUCACCCUCUGGAACACCACCUUUGGGACCCAAACCACCCUCUCUUAUCCCCCCGACGUCGCAAAGGCACUAGCACGUCUCCGCCCCGUCGCUGAUCUCAAACUGCCAACCUUCCCAUCAACAUACGACGAAGCCGCCACACCCAGCGGUCCCCAACUCCUCGACUCCGAUUCAGAUAGCCAAGAUCUGUCAUUCCGCUGCUCCAGCCGCCCGGCCAGUCGGGGGGUGACGCCUUAUCUCCAAUCCUCGCCCCUUGCUUCCCAUAGAAAGGCGAAAUCACCUCAUCCCAGCAUCGAGCUAUCUAAAUCCGCGUCCAAGAAACGAUUCUCAGCCCGUGCGUCGAAACUCGCCGGGAAGAAGAAAAGAGAUACCACUCCGCGACUCAGACACGACGAUUCGCAGAUCCAGUUCGCGGUCAUCGAAUCCUCGCCUACUGCUGAAGACUCGCAGCUCCUAACCGAUCACCAGCGCGAGGUCAAGGAGAGGCAGCAAGAGGAAGCCGCAGCUAUGUUCCCUGAUCUCCGAAAGAGCCCUAGGAUAAAGACGAGGCGCUCUGGGGAGAGAUUAGCGCUUAGCUCUGAUCUACCAGUGACCGAGGGGACGACGUGGGGGACGCCGAGUAUUAGUCGUGUAGCGGAGAGGGAGGAUGAUUUCAUCACCUCAUCCCCUACGCCGAGACGGGAGACCAGUACCGAGGGCGUGCUGGGGAAGGAGGAGGAGGGGGAUGUGCCGAGUUCGCCGCCGAAGGGGGAGGGGGAUGAGAUGGGGGGACCGUCGGCGAGUGAUGACUUUUGGAAUGUUACGUCGUUUGGGUCGAUUGAUUCGUUGUUGCUUGAGCAGCAUACGAUUGGGCUGCCGGAGGUGGUGGGUGGAGAGGAGGAUGGGGGGAGUGACACGGAGCAAGGCGAGGAAAUUACGCAUGAAUCUACCUUCUCGGACGCACUAUCUAAUCUCGACGCUAUCCGCGAGCGCGACGACGUGACGACAGACGAGGUCUUUGUUGACGCGCAGUCCUCGCCCCUGCUUGAGGCGCAAGUUGAUUUACCCAGCACGCAGAGCAGCGGACGACGCAAGAGACGGCGCAGGAAUCGUAGGGGUUCAAAUGGGGAUGUGAGCCGAGGGACGAGCGCUUCCGUCUAUGUCGCGGAUGAGAGCGUUUCACUGCCCGUCGGACAAGAUGAGACCCGCGCAGAGGCAGAUGCACCACCCACCACGCGCAGUCGAUUCAGCCUCACUCCCUCCGCCGGGUUUGAUCAAAGCGCCUACACCGCCUCCCCCCAACCCUCUCCCGCUCCCGAGCCCGAGACUAGGAAAACCCGAAAACGCCGCCUUGCUUCUCCGGCUGCGGAGAAGGAAUCUACUCCCGUCGUCGAGGCACCGCGGUCGAUGCGCUCGAUGCGUAGUUCUGAUAAGCUGACCCGCGCUGCUGUUUCUGAGGAACUAGUAGUACUACAGCAGGAGGAGGAGGAGGAGGAGGAAGGGAGUAUACUCGCGCGCACGAGAUCGCGUGUUAGGAAACGCGAGAUCUCGAGUACCAUCCCUGAAACUCCUCCAAAAGCUACGGUGACGAGGAGGAGGAAGUCACCACACGGUGGGGAUGAGGAUGAUGAGGAUGUGGUGAUGAGGUCGCAGAGCGCGAAGAGACAGCGUGUUAAACAAGAGGAGGAGGAGGUAGAGGAUAGCUUACUUGCCGCUAGAGAUGACGCGGAGACGAUAGUUGUUGAUACCACGCCCCGCAGCCGCCGCUCGCGCCGCGAGAAGACCUCUACUACGAAGUGGGAGGAGAGCGAGCUUGGGCGGCGGAGGAGGAGGAGUCGCGCUGUGGUUGAGGAUGAUAAGGAGACGGAUAGCCAGGUGAUGAGGAGGAAGUCGGUGGAUCUGGAUUUGCAUUUGGAUCUCGACACCACAUCUGGGGAGGUGGUGGAGGACUCGUUUGUAGGCACCGAUGUGAAGGGAGAGGUGGAGGAGGAUGUCAGUAUGCACGGUGCCGGCGAAGGAGGAGUGACCGAGGCGCAGCGGGAGGGCGUAGCUUCCGACGACGAGGCCGAGGCGCAGAUCUGGGAUGGGAUGGCGGAGUUGCGCAAGUCUUCUGAAUCUGCUUCUGUCCCUCACCCAGUCGACGCUGCUGCUGCGGAGUCUGAAGCGGCUGAGGAAUACGGUGGCGUGGUGAAGAAGGGGCUCACAGGCGCGACGGCGGUGGCGAUGUUUAAGGAGCUGAUGGAGGGGUUGAGGGCUGGGACGGUGUCGAGGGGGGAGGCGAUGCAGAUGGAGGAGAUGGUGUGGGAUUUUAAGGCGGAGCUUUAUGCGGCUGAGAGGAGGGGGAGGGGGAGUGCUGCGUAGGGUGUUCUAAUCCUGUGGGAGUCAUGCAUUCAGCGAAGGGAUUGGGAAGGAUAAGGAUAUAAAAAUACUCGGUCAUUGGGUCGAGCGGCUGGACUGAGAGGGGAGGACAUACCCAUACGUACAGUACAUAAGCAUAGCGAGCAUAGCGCGGAUGAAAGGGGGAAAUUUGUUUUCGAUGAGGGGAUAUGAUAACUGUGUAGGCGUUUUUCUACAUGGAGUACGGUUGUAUGAUAGGGAUUGGUGGAAUUGGAGAUGUGGUUUAUCUCGAAUUGAAUUGUACAGAAGUUAUGA